GUAGAAUUUAGUUUAAUAUCGAAUGAAACACAAAGGGGGUAACGGGUCUCUCUCAUCUGGUUUCAUUCAAAGUGCUGGUAACUCGAGUCCUUGCACUAAUUCAUUGGAAUAUAUUUGGUCUGUCUACCAGUGCGCGGCCCACACGCACACAACAGUCAACAUGUUAAAGUCAAAGAGUUAUUUUUUAAGUCGUAACAUUGAACUUGCUGGGAGGAUAUGUUGAUUUGGAUGUGGAAUUGAAUUGUGGCACCUAUUUCAGAUAUUGUUGAAGACCAAGUUAUAAAAUGAUGAGCCACCACCAUGGAUCAAAUUAUCGGUAGAAGCAUCCGACUUUAUCAAUUGAUGUGUUCAUUUUUAUUCAAAGCAGCACUCUUACAAGUUGAUGCAGAGCCUGGCACAUUUGAUAAUACACCGGUUGAAAUUUUGGAUGUGGAAUGUUAGGGCAAUUACCGUAACUCAACUGAUGGAUGCCUAGACAAUUUAAUUUCAAUGCCCUGGGACUGCUUGGAAAUAUUUUAUUCCUAAAAUCUUGCCUUUCGUCUUGGUUCCGGGUUUAAUCUUUGUUUUUGUUUUUUGUCAUGCACGGUGGUGGUUGUUGUCCUUGAGGAUCUUUGGUUCACUGUAUUUGUAAAAAAAAAGUAUCGAGAUGUUCUCAUCCACGAGGCAAGAGGUUGAGAAGGACGAGUUUGCCAAAGAGCGGGCCAUCAUGAAUGAUCUAGAUGACAAUGGAUGGAGUCACAUCCAUCAUGCUGCUUUUCAUGGCUAUAUCAAGUCUAUAGAGAAGUUUGUUGGAGCCAGCGAAGACCAGCUGGAGUUCCCUACCAACGAUGAUAAGCUGAUGACCCCAAUCCUCCUGGCUGUUGAUAGCGGGAAGCUGGACACCGUGGAGUGCCUUGUGAAGCUUGGAUCUGAUCUGCGUUACCAAAACACCCAAAACCAGGGUCCAGUUGAGAUAGCGGCUCUGAAGCAGUACAUCGAUAUCCUGGAAUACUUCAUCAAGUUUGACCACAAGGACCUGCCAGUGUGGCCCAAGUUGAUGAAGUUCAUGGGUUCAGACAUGGAUGAUGAGGCGGAAGCAGCGGGGAAGAUGCUGGUGAUCUUGACGAAGCCUUCAGAAAAGGGAUUGAAUCCAUACUGGGAGCCUAUUGUGCAGAAUAAUGGGGUUCCGGUCAUAAUGAAGGUCAUCAAGUCCAUGAUUUGUGACAAAGCAAAACUGUAUGCCUUCACAAUCCUCUUGAAUAUAAUUGAAGAAAAAGUGGUUAAGGAACAGAUAGUGAAAGCUGCGGGCAUCCCAACAGCAUUGAAGAUGAUUACUUCUACUGACAGAGAGAUGGUGUAUGCCUCUUCAUGCAUAUUGUGUCAUUUAUCCAUGGUGAAGGACUACAUUGACAGCAUGGUACAGAAUGGUGCAAUCCCAAUAUUGGUUAAACUAUGGCAGACGUGCACUGACACAGAGAUACUAGUGCAAGUAACAGAAACUGUCUCCCAGAUUGCAAGUUCUAAUGCAGAUUAUCAGAAAACGAUAGGUAACUCAUCAGGUGCAUUGACAGCUGUGGUUGGACUGUUUGAAAACAAAAAGUCAAAGUCACUUCUGCUAGCACUCACACGGGCUGUACGCAAUAUAGUAUGUAAGAACGUGGAUAAUCAGAAUAUGUUUGUCGAUGAGGGAGGAGCGUCGGCUCUGAUAUCCCUUGCCAAUGAAAAGUACAAUGACCUUCAGCUGAGUGCCAUCAGUGCCAUACACAUGUUAGCACAGGACAAUCCUCACACUCAGAAGAUCAUCUUAGAAGAAGGUGGUGUUAUACCUCUAAUGCAGCUCCUCAAGAGGAGUGGCUCACCCAACGUCCAUGUCUGCACAGCCAGUGCUUUGUGGGCACUGGCAGGAGAAGACAUCGAUGAGAGGCGGUCCAUGGCCAGCAUGAUUGGUGUUAAUCUACUCAUAGACUUUCUUAAUGCGCAGGCUGAAAAUGACAUUCUCCACUACAUAGGAGCGGAAGGAUUGGCCGUCCUUGCCCAGGGGGCCCUCAACAAGCAGGACACUAUCGCCAAUGCAAAUGGAGUUCAACCCUUAGUCAGACUGUUGCGUUCACCAAAGGAACACAUUGUCCUCAGCACGAUAAGAGCUCUGAGACAUCUAUGCAUAGGAAUAGGUUUCAUACCGCAUGCGAAGAACCAGGCAACCAUCCUUGGAGCUAGGGGAAUACGAUAUCUAGUUGCUCUCAUGGUACAUUCUAGGAACGAGCUGGUCAGAGUAGAGUCAGCAUUGAGUCUUGGUUACUGCAGCAUUGGCAAUUCUGAAGUGAUGAACGAUAUCAGUGAGAAUGUAGACUUUGAUUACAUCCAUAUCCUGCGUAGGCUUCAUUCGAGUGACAACCUUGUGCGUUUACUCGCUGGGAGCGCAUUAGCUGCCUUUGCAUACAACAACGUCACACAACAGAAAGAGAUUGCCGAGUCAGGAGGGAUUCGUUACCAUUCCUUUGUCCCAUUUCUGGAGUCUAAUGACGAGUUCUUUCGCUGCAAUGCUGCUUUUCAGGUUGUUGUAUUGGCUCGCAUCAUCCCCGAUGAGGACCAAGCUACAACAUCAGCGAUUGGUAUCAAGCUCCUCGUAGACCUUCUUCAACAAUCCAAGAAUCCUCUCAUUCUAGCCCUUACAGCGGAAUGCAUAGCGAGGCUUGCUCAUACAAGGGCAGGAGUUCCUGCUGCAGUUGUAUCCAUCAAAUCUGUAGAUGUUUUAUGUCAGUUGAUGCUUGCCGAGAAUGAGCAAGUGAGAGGAUCUGCUGCCAUAGCACUAGGAUAUCUGAGUUUCAACCACAAAGCAGAAAGAGAGAUGCUCAACAGAUGUAGACAGGAUCCUUACCUGUUCAAGGUGUUGAAGUACUACACUCAGAACUACAGACUCUCUCAAGCAUUCCUAGAGGCUUGGAAGCAUUAUCAACACAUCGGUCUUCCUCCCAUAGAUACUGCACAGAAGCCUUGUCUGGUUGGCAAGAAGAAUAUUCCAUUCCUGAGCAAUAUCAAGAAUCCAAAUGGACGUCGGUUCACGAUACUGAGCUCUGGGGAGGAGAGUGGACUGAGUCACCAUCUAAGUUCGCCCAUGAACCCGUCGAGUACCAGCUAUCCUGAUGACGCUACCGUCAUAACCGACAAUCCCACCAACAGAGGGGGUAGUGUCACUUUCGCCAGUGGGACGGAGUCCCGUAACCAUCGCAGUGUAAGUAAUUAUUCCCAUAGAGCGCCCUCUUCUGCCAGUAAUCAUCACAAGCAGUGGAGUCACCCAUCGACUGCAAAGAGUCUCAUCUCGGAGAUCUCUGCAGGAGGAAUGUCUAUGACGUGACAGGUGAUAUUUAAUUCUGAUGUAUUUGUUAAAAUAUAUAUUUUAUUUUUUUCUGUGCUGUUAUGAUAACUGCUGCCCUUACCAGUCCUCUACAUUCCAUAUAUCACCUGUUUCACACAGCUUAAAGGGGAUGUCCAAAAAAUGUCAAGGUAAUUUGAUAAAAGCUGAAAAGGAGAGAAGCAUAUUAGAGGUUUAGAGAAAAUCAAUCAAAGAAUUAUAGAAUUUUAUAGAACUGUGGAUUUUUAAAAUUUUAAUAUGGUGAUAUGCAAGCAGGUCUCCCGUUUGUCAUAUAUUUUUUAAACAUGAUUUUCUCUGAGCAUUUUCACUUGAGAAUUCAAGAUAUCAUCAGACACAAUGUUCGUUGUUUCAUACAUGCUUCAAUAUAUGAUAAUAAUGUUUUCAAAUCAAAAUGUUUUAAUUCAUCUUGAACCAUAACAGCGUUAAAUUUAUGAAAUUCUCAUUCCCCAACAUACGGGAGAGGAAGUUGCUUCAGAGCCUUGACAAUUCAUAAAUGUUAGUAUUCGAUGGAUUUUUUUCAUCAAAUGUCCAUGAAUAUUUUUCUUUAUUUUUUUCCUGUUUUUAUUAGCACCAACUUGGUGUCAAGGUGGAAGUCCCCUUUAAAGCUAUCAACUUUCCCAUUUUUUCCCAGGUGAAUCACUGAAUCAUGUAGGGUGAAUUCAGUAAUGUUUUAGUCAUGCACAUAAAAAAUUCAUUGUAUUACCCUAAAAGUAACUAUAAUGACCAGUGCUUUGUUAAAUAAAGCUGAGCGACUGAUCAUUAAAGACAACAUUUAGUUCUUGUGAAUUUGAAUAAUUGAAGAAUAUGCUAUAAAGCGGUUGUGCAAAAUUGUCUGUAGUGCACCAGUGAUUUAGUGAUAUGCAUGCGACUUCUGUAUGGUAGUAGUGAAUUGUAUUACUGAACACUUUUCAUACAUUGUCAUAUCAUACUCAAUAUUUUCUUUAAAUUCAUCAAACUCCACCAAAAAUACACAAAUAUCUACAAAUAAUAAAGAUGUAAAAUUUUUGCCAAGAUCAGUUCCCCUUUUUACGAUAUCAGCUUCCGAUCACACCCCUCUUUACAUGUGAAAGAUUUUGGUCACAUGAAAAUGGUAUUGUAUUACCGAGUAUGUGUUUUCUAUGGGAAAGGUUGGGACAUUUACAAAAUCACUGACACAGGACUGAUUAGCUAUUUUGUUUUGAGAAAAUAAAGACUUUGGAAAUGUGUUUUGAUCCUUUUUCAUCACUUUUCUAUUCAAAUUCUCUUUGGAAGGCUGUUGCAAACCUUUAGCAAAUUGAAAUUAUUUUCUGAUGUGUAAAUGCGCACAUUCGGUAAAACAAUCAAUAACUAUACUAUUUGACCAUCAAUCUUUUGCAGUAGACCAUGAUUAUGUUUCCAAAUUUAAAGGGGAAAAAUGCUCACUCAUUGUGAUUUUCGACACAUUAUUUUCAUUUAUUUUUAAUUGCACAAGGUGAUCAUUAUAAUCAAUUGUAAAAUUUGGUCUUAAAAUCAAUUGUAAAGCUUUGUCCCAGUUCCCAAGUGUCAGUAUAAUGAUCAGUAAUGGAAUGAAUAAGAUGCAUAUGAGCAGUCACUGCAUUACUCUGCAUUAUGCUACUAUUUAUGCUUUUAAAAACAUUAAGAUUCAGUUGACCAUUGGGUGAUAAAUAGCAAUACAUUUUUUUUUCAUGGAAGAAGAAAUUAGGAUCUCAGAUCUUUGCUUGCUAGGGGUUGAAUCAUUGAUGAUGUGCAUUGUGAAUUUCAAUUCUGUAAAUGGGAUUUUAAAUCUCAUUCAUUUGUUGAAAGAGUAUGUAUAUAGUUGUAAAUGAUAUUUUGUUAAAUAUGUAUAUUUAAAUGAAAUUUAAUUUUCAUGAUAUUUUUUUUUUUUAAUGUGACCUUCGUCAUCUCUGCCUUGAGGCUGUCAUAAUUGUGUUGUGACAUGAGAGAUAAUAUUUUGUGUGUGUGUGUUUAGCACAAAUAAAAGACCCCCUUCAAACUAAUAGAUAAAUUAAAGAAAGUAGACAAUAGUAACAAUGAUAAUGAAUAAGUAAUAAUGAGUAUAUAAGGUUAUAAUAAUGGUAAUAAUAGAGAUAGCGCAUAGAGAAGGUUUUUCUAUCAUGGGCUCAAUAAAUCAAUCUUUAUUAAUUGAAAUAGUUUUGAAAUAAAUAAUAAUAAUGAUAGUUAGUACUACACAGACAUGUGGAAUAUGUAGUAUGAGCUUUAAUCCAAAACAGAUCAGACAUUUUAGGUAUUGAAUCUUGAGAGAUUUGAAGAGCUUGUGUUUUUUAAGGUUGCAAUUUUUACAGUGAUACCAAUGCUGACAUUAGAACAGCAUGAACACUAAUUUUAAGUUACAUGUACACAUUCAACUUUCAUAAAAAAUUCAUAAUUUUUCUUGAAUUUAAUGUUAAAAACUGUGUAGUGCCUUUUAAGUGUGGGUGCUUGUUAGUGUCAAAUGUAUAAAUUGAGUAUUCCAUGAAUAGCAAUAAAUAUUUGAUAAUGCUUUACUAAAGUCUCAUCUGUCAGGAAAAGUUCAGCAAUAUUAAAUGAAAACUUCCUAUCAAUAACUCUGAGUAGAUCUGCAAUAAUUAUGAAAUGUUUGAUAUUCGUAUUUGAUCCGUCCACAUAUUCAUUCAAAAUCUGCUUUUCAUGAUUAUUUUGUAUCAGUCACCAUGUAUGAAGGUAUUGUCUCUAAUAUAAGCAUUUAAAAUAAAAUCGUACACUGUAUCAGUGUAUGUUAAAGAUGGUAUUAGAGACAGAAUUUCAGAAUUGUCAAAAGUUUUAUCAUGUAAAUUAUAUAUUGUCACUGACAUUUCUGUCAGUUAUUCUUCCAUGCAUAUAUUUGCACCUCAUUCCAAUGUCACUGGAUUUAAAAUGUAGUAAAAUUGAACUUGUCAUCUUUCAUCCAAACUGAUGUACCCGGAUGUACCACAUUCUGACAGUGCAAAACAUUUUUCAAGAAAAUUGAGUUUGAAUUAUAUACAUUGCAACUGUUUUCCCAAGCCAUCUAAGAUUUUCAUUGUAAGGUAGAAAAAAUACAUAGCAGGGAUACCUCAAACAAUUUAACUUUAUAUUUCCCCCCCCCAUCUCAAGAAUAUGAGAUGUUGCAAGAGAGUUACCUGCUUGUAAUAUUAUUGAGCAGUACGAAUGACUGCGUGUUUUUAAAGCAAAUAGUUUAAUUAUUCUUUUACAUACAGAGUCAAUGCAUCUAGAUACAUUAAACAAAUUUAGAAUGCAUACUAUACAUUUUCUGAAUACAAAUGAUUCCAUCCACCAAAAUUAUUAAGAUUUAGAGUUGUUACAUAUGCCAACUGCAACAGCUUGUUCAUUCCAUCUAUAUGCAGUGCAAGUUUUGACUCUUGAAUUUAUGCUUUGAAGUACAGAGGAGACCUAACAUUCACUGAAAAAAAAGGACUUUUGGUAUCCAUUAUCCAGGCAAGUUACAUGUAUAUGAAUUGACUUUCAUAGCAUUAAAAAAAAGUAUUUGUUCAUGCAAUACUAGAAAUGAGAGUAAUUUGGUUCUCUGAUUUUGCCUUUGAUGAAAAGUUUAGAGUUAGAGCUUCUAGUUUGGUAGGGUUUACUUUUGAUAAAACUAUCUUUAAAAAUCUGUGAUAAGUUGGAGCUUUUAUUUGUUGAUUUUAGAGAGUUGCUUCACAGACCUUUUUUUUUAAUUUGAAUUUUGGAGUGUUUUUAAUAGCAGAAAUGUUUUUAUUCAGUUUGAUCACGCCAUUAAUAUUAUUAUGUGAAUCAGUAGUGUAUUAUUUUGGAGUGACAAGAAUGUGUAAAGUUAAUGUAAUUUUAAGAAAAGUUAUCAAAUUAGGUAACUCAUAAUGCAAAGUACAAUGAGUACAUAUUCCUAUGAAAGAAUAUAGUUUCAAUUUCCAUAGAAAGAAUAAACCAAAAUUGAUUACUUAUAUAAGUACAUAAUUCGAAGUGUGCAUGACUUAGAUUUGCAUGUUGUGUUUUAGUUUUAACUGACUACACUAGCCAUAUAAUAAUUUUAGAUCAUGUAAAAGUCAUAUUAAUUUUCACUUCUUUAAUUUUUGAAGAUUGGUUUCCUAGAUGCAAUGUUUGAUAUUUCUCAUGUUAAGAUGUCCUUAUCUAGAUUUCACAUUCAGUAGAUGUAGACCUGAACAAGAGAGAAAAAUAUUAGGGUAUUUCCAUGAAAGCCAACACCACCAACUAACUUUGAGUUCUGACAAUUUCAAUGAAAUCUUUGAUUUGAUGUCUGUGAAGCAAUAAUCUCUGCAUGUUUCUGUGGAAACUGUCAGAGAAAAAAAUAUGUUGGUGCCAACAAGAUAGUUCAUGAUAAACUUCAUGAAAAUUGGUUCAUAUUUUCAUUUUCUUCAGAGUGCUGACCUGAAUAUCAUGCUGUAUUUAUUAUCAUUUUUUUGUUGAAUGAGAUUCAUAGAAAAUAUAUUUAUUAAAAGUUUUAUGUAGGCAUUCUUUUAGCACUGACUGAAGUGUACAUAGUAAAUGUGUUACUAUCAUCAUGAAGUAGAAAAUAAACUUUGAUUUGU